CUUGGGUCUUGUUUCUACAACUUCUGCACUGGCCGUACAUGCCACGUCCCAGCUGAAAAAAGAAUUAAAUCCCUUGGGCCAAAUUCAUUCCUGGAGUUGCUUGAUUGAACACAGCGCAUUUACGCUGAGCGCAGAUUUGGCUCCUACCUGACUCUGUCAGCAUUGGCUGUGCUGUAACUAAGUAACAAGAACACUGUCAUCGAGAACAGACGAAUAGCUUUCUCUAAGAUUAUUAGAGCACCGAGCACCUUAAGGAGUGCAGAAAUCUGGGAAAGGAGGAGUUGGGGAAAAAGGACACCGCUCCUUUUAGAGCCCGUGUAACAGAACUGAUAAGCUGUUCCUCUGAUGUGAUUGAAUGUGACUGAAUACUGCGGGCUCGUGGACUCUUAUUCUGUAAAGCACACAUCAGAACAGCACAGGAAAAGGUUGGAGGGAACAGCUUCUGCUGUGCUGAGAAAGAUGCUGGAGAGCUCUUCAGUCCUUUUGUUCAUUGUCUUCGUUCUGCUUUUCAUUUUGUUGCUCUUUGUGGUACUCGUCAGGAAAAAUGGCACUGCUGCACUGAUCUGGCAUGAAAUAAUCAAGGAGAAAAUAACCAAUUUCAUCAUGAAUCAGAGGAAAGAGCAGAGGAUUUUAAAUUUUGUGUUGCAGAAUGCAGUCCGAGGGGACCCCUGUAGUGUGAUGGAAACUAUAGAUAAAUACUGCUCCGAGAAAGAGUGGGCCAUGAAUGUGGGUGAUGUAAAAGGUGUAAUUCUAGACAAGACAGUGGAAGAGAUCAAUCCUUCAGUUGCCCUGGAGCUGGGAACAUACUGUGGCUACUCAGCAGUUAGGAUUGCUCGGCUGCUGAAGGCAGGCGCUCGUCUUCUCACUGUGGAGUUCAACCCAGAAUUUGCUGCUAUAGCUAAACAGAUGAUCGAGUUUGCUGGAGUACAAGAUAAGGUAAAACUCCUAGAAGGCCCUUCAGAGGUAAUCAUCCCCCAGCUGAAGAAAAAAUAUGAAGUGGAUACUCUGGAUUUUGUCUUCCUGGACCACUGGAAAGACAGAUACGCACCAGACACCAUCCUGCUUCAGGAAUGCAGCUUGCUGCGGAAGGGCUCAGUUCUUCUGGCUGACAAUAUCAUCUUCCCUGGAGCUCCCGAAUUUGUUAAAUAUAUCCGCAACAACCCCCGUUUCCAAUGCACUACCUACCCAUCUCAUCUGGAAUAUAUGAAAGUGGAGGAUGCUAUGGAAAAGGCUGUGUUUUUGGGAUAAAGACAGCCAUUAAUGCUCAAUAUGUGUUCCUAAUGACAUAAAUGCAGCUACACAGGUUAUCUUGACUGUGCUUUAUAUUUUGCUUUUUGUAUUUUGGAGCCUAUCAUUAGUGGGAAUCAUUUUUUACAGGUGGAAAACAAGAUUUGGAGUAAGUAGGGCAUCCACUCAAAGGCCUGUUCCACUGCUUCACAUUAUUCGGCAAACUCAAGAUGAACAACAUACUGCCAAACAACAUGGCUUACUCUGAAGUGUUAUGUAUGUUUAGUGAGAAUAGGUUUUACAAGGUGGGUCCUGCACACCUUGGUUAACCUGUUUGUUGUAGUUAUUUUGAGCUCAAACAAUCACAGUUGGUAGGAUUAGGGUUAUGUGGAAGAAGUCACUCAACUUCUAAAAACUUACUUUCUAAAGCUCAACUGUCUUAUCAUUCUCAAGUGUGAAAAAAGCAUGCAUGCUGCAAGAAAAGAAUGUUUCAGAAACCCUGGUUAUGCUAAAUUAUUAUCAUGCCACUUCAAGCAGUGAAGGUUCCUAUAAUAAUGUCAGAUGCAUUUUUGCAUGGCUGCAAAUGUUAAUUAUCUCCAUGCUGAAGAAAAGGGCACAUACUGAAAGAAGAAAGAGCUACACAGUGAUGGGAAAAUUUAACAGAAUUAUGCAUAAGACAAAGAAAAAAAUUACUGUCUCUGCACAUGCAGAGAUAAUUGAAGAAGCAAGCAUAUUAAAAUAAACACAACAGACAGAUAACAAAAAACAGGUUCUAACAGAAUACCAAAAUGACAAAAUUACUGAGAUGUUGAGAAAAUACUACUCAUCCCUUCAUUAUACUUACUCAUUCCUUUAUUAUAUUGUAUAUACAUAGUGGGUGCUUCUGAGAGGCAGGGCAAGUUGCUUACUCUGAAGUGUUACGUAUGUUUAGUGAGAAUGGGUUUUACAAGGUGGGUCCUGCACACCUUGGUUGACCUGUUCACUGUAGUUAGCACUGAAUGGCAAGGUUUAUUACUGAGAAGAUUUACAAAACCAAAUCUGAAAUCUCUUAACUCACCUGAACAAUACAAAAACCCACUGUCAUUUCUUUCUAUGUCCUGCUGUGAUUAUAUAAUGAACCAAUGGUUACAUUUAUGAAUAAAAACUAAAAAACAAUAGGGAAGAUAAGUGAA